AUGUGGAAUCAAAUUUGGAACCUUAAGGUUCCUCUAAAAACGAAGAACUUUGUGUGGAGAGCUGCUGCAAAUUGUCUCCCUACUAAUCAUAAUUUGAGGACAAAGAAAGUAGAGUUGAAUGUGCUCUGUCCAACUUGCAAAAAAAAUGUUGAAAUAACAAUGCAUUGCCUGGUUUACUGCCCUUUUGCAAAGGGUUGUUGGGAGCGAUUGGGGUUGAAUUUUCUCGUGGGGUCUGAAAGCAGCUUCCUCGACUGGUGCACGAGAGUUUGGUCCCUGUUGGAUGCUGCCCGUGUGGCUACUGUGGUAAUGGUGUGUGCCUCCUUGUGGACAUCAAGGAAUGAUCUGUGGCUGAGCAUUUUUACUUUUGAAGACGGCGUUGAGCACCAGACUAAACCUGCUGAUGAUUUUAUUAAGGUAAAUGUGGAUGCAGCUAUUUUUCAUAAUCGUGAUUGUCAUAGCUUUGCUUGUGUGGCUAUAAAUAGCAUUUCUCUUCUUUUAAGUGUUAUCUCUAGUUGUUGGCUUAGUGUUUUUCAAUUUGGUCUUGCUGAAACAAUAGGCGUGAAGGAAGCUUUAAGUUAA